GUUUAGGCAGGGCUUCACAUGAUACUGCAGUCUGUGAUGCACCUACCAUUUACUGUCCAUGCUUUAUACCAGGGUCUCAAAGUGCCAGCCUGCUUACGCUGCGCUGCCUGGUGACUAGAGCCAAGCAACGCUAAACCCAAUUCACUGGUGGGCUGCACGUCUCUACGGAUGUGCUCACCACUGCCGGAAAAAAAACAUUCUGUUAGCCAAAAUGUCUCUUUCGAAAUUCUCAAAGAACAAAAUAAAUGUUGACCUGGAGCACAGACAGUUUUCAGAGAGGUGGAUGAUCGAUUAUUUAUUUGUGGAGUUUAACGCGACCGCCACUUGUCUGAUAUGCAAGGAGAAAGUUGCCGUGCUUAAAGAGCACAAUCUUAGACAUCAUUACACCACUAAACACGCAGAGCAGUACGCCAGGUAUGAAGGAGAGGAGAGGGAGAGACGAGUCGCUCAGCUUCGCAAAGAUCUUUCCCUGCAGCAAAGCUGUUUCCAGCGAGCAAUAAGAGAAAGUGAUGCUGCAGGUGGAGCAAGUUAUGCGCGCUGCUCUCUGUCCUGCUGGGUCAAGGAGAACAUCACGAAGAAGGAGUGCUGCUUCUAUGUGGAGGAUGGCAGAGAGGGGAUUUGUAUGUGUGGCUACCCAAAGGUCCAGCACACCGAUGAGGCCAUCAAGCCGGAGGAAUUCAUGGGGGAGCAGUGGGACCCACACAGACACAUUAGAGAAGCCCCCACUGACGCAUAUGGUGACAUUAGCUUUGGGGGAAUUGGGCAGAAAACAAGCAAGUACAUCCGUGUAUCUUCAAACACGCGUGUUGAUUUGCUGUACCAGCUGAUGACAGAACAAUGGAAGCUCCACCCCCCAAACCUUCUAAUCUCAGUGACAGGUGGAGCCAAAAACUUCUACAUGAAGACUCACUUAAAGGACAAGUUCAGGAGAGGGUUAAUCAAAGUGGCCCAGAGCACAGGUGCCUGGAUCCUGACAGGUGGCACACACACAGGUGUGAUGAAGCACGUUGGGAUGGCAGUGCGGGACUACACCCUCAGCAGCAGCUCCUUGGAGGGGCAGAUUGUGACCAUCGGUGUAGCUACGUGGGGAGUCAUCCACAACCGGGAGGCUCUGGUCCAUCCUGAAGGUCGUUUUCCUGCUCAUUACUAUCUGGAUGAGCAGGGUCAGGGUAGACUCUCCUGUCUAGAUGUUAACCACUCUCACUUCCUGUUGGUGGAUGAUGGAACGAAUGGUCAUUAUGGGGCGGAGAUUGAGCUCCGUGGACAUUUGGAAAAGCUGAUCUCAGAUCAGCCUUUGGGGCAGAAAGAGAGUGGAGUGAAGAUUCCAGUCGUGUGUGUGGUGCUGGACGGUGGACCUGGAACUCUAAACACGAUCUACAGCUCCAUGAUGAACGGCACUCCAUGUGUAAUUCUGGAAGGGUCGGGCCGUGUAGCUGAUGUCAUUGCUCAUGUGGCGGGCCUACCUCUGUCCAAGGUCACUCUGGCUCUGAUCCAUCGACUGAUGAAGAAAUUUUUUGGAGAAGAGUUUGAGUCCUUUUCUGAGCUCAAGAUCAUUGAGUGGACAAAGAAGAUUCAAGACAUUAUACGAAUGCCUGAGCUGCUGACAGUGUUUCGCAUUGACGAGGAAAAAAACUGUGACCUUGACGUAGCUAUUCUACAAGCUUUUCUGAAAGCCUCCCGGAGCAGUUGCAAUAUGGGGAAGCAGAACAGAGAGAGACAGCUGGAACUGGCUGUGGCCUGGAACCGUGUGGACAUUGCAGAGAGUGAGAUAUUCACUGAAGAAAGUCAAUGGAAUUCCAGUGAUCUGCACCAGGCCAUGUUCUCUGCAUUGGUGGGCAAUAAAUCAGAUUUUGUGCGUCUUCUGCUGGAGAAUGGAGUGUGCAUCCGACAGUUCCUCAAAGAAGAAGACACGCUCCUCGAGCUGUACACACACCUGCCCAGCUGCCUGUUCCUCCGUAAGCUGGCCAAGCGUGCUCCAGCAGGCUCCAAGAUUGCGCUAAGUGAUGUGGCUGUUGAAGUGCGCCACCUGCUGGGCAGUUUCACUCAGCUGAUCUACCGUCCAGCACCACCAGCCCAACACAGAACAGAGGCAACCAGUUUCGACAUCAGUGUAACACUACCAUCCAAGGGAUCUGGGCUGGAGAUUCCAUGCUUUGAGGCAGAGAAGGCUCCGGACACAGUGUGGGAUCCAGGCAGAGAUCUGUUCCUCUGGAGUGUUAUUCAGAACAAGAGAGAGCUGGCAGAAAUCGCUUGGGAAGAGUGCAGUGACUGUAUAGCUGCUGCUCUGGCUGCCAGUAAGAUCCUGAAGAAACUGGCUCAGGAGGGAGGGGAUAAUGGGGAGGAGGCAGAGUCUAUGCGAGAACUCGCCAGCCACUAUGAGAAACAGGCCAUCGGUGUGUUCAGUGAGUGUCACACUUGUGAUGAACAGAGAGCUCAGAAGCUGCUGACCAGAGCUUCUCCAUCCUGGGGCGGGGCUACCUCUCUGCGCCUGGCCCUCGAGGCUGAUGAUAAGAGCUUCAUAGCUCACUCAGGGGUCCAAGCCCUGCUGACUCAGAUCUGGUGUGGGGAGUUAGCUGUGGAUAACCCACAGUGGAAGCUUCCUCUCUGCAUGCUUUUCUUCCCACUUAUCUACACCGGAUUUCUUGCCUUCAGGCGUGAUGAAGCCAUGCGAAGAGAAGCAGAGCGAACUGAAGAGGAGAAGCUGGUGAUGGAUUCUGUUAUUGGGUUCUGUAAGGAUGACAGAAAGAAAUCUAACGAUGGUGACGAACCUCCAAAGUCUCAUGUGUGUCCUCUAAACUGCUGGACCAGGAUGGCAGGUCUGUUCACCUGCCCUCAGGUGAAGUUCUACUGGAACAUUGCGUCCUACUUCGGUUUCCUGUGGCUGUUCGCUGUGGUGCUGAUGAUGGACUUCCAGCCCACACCUUCCUGGAGAGAGAUCCUGCUCUAUGUGUGGCUUACCUCUCUAGUGUGUGAGGAGGUCAGACAGCUCUUCCAUGAUUCAGAUGGCUUUGGCCUGCAGAAGAAAGCGAAGAUGUACAUUAAAGACGUAUGGAACAUUCUGGAUGUGCUGUCGAUAAUACUCUUCAUCGCCGGUCUGGCUUGCAGGCUCCAGACUAAUGAAACAGUGUUCUAUGUGGGUAAAGUCGUUCUGUGUAUCGACUUCAUCAUUUUCUGCUUGCGCCUGAUGGCCAUCUUCACCAUCAGCAGAACCUUAGGUCCUAAGAUCAUAAUUGUCAGAAGAAUGAUGAUGGAUCUGUUCUUCUUCAUGUUCCUGCUCAGUAUCUGGGUGGUGGCCUAUGGAGUGGCCAAACAGGGGAUCCUCAUUCAGAACGAGGAGCGUUUUAACUGGAUAGUUCGUGGAGCUGUGUAUGAGCCCUACCUCGUUAUAUUUGGGAGUUUACCAGCUAGUAUAGACAACACUCAGUUCAGCAUGGACAGCUGCAGUGUGAACGCCACAGAUCCUCUGAAGCCUAAGUGUCCAGUACUGAACGAAGACAAUGUUCCAGUCUUCCCAGAAUGGCUAACAAUAAUCAUGCUGUGUGUUUACCUGCUGUUCGCCAACAUACUGCUCCUCAACCUCCUCAUAGCCAUCUUUAACUACACAUUCACAGAGGUGCAGGAUAAUACAGACGCAAUCUGGAAGUUUCAGCGUUAUGAGCUGAUAAAGGAAUACCACAGCCGUCCCUCACUGCCUCCACCCUUCAUCCUCCUGAGCCAUAUCUACCUUCUAAUCACACACGUGUUCCUGCGACGUCCCUCUCAGAAACACAAGCAAUUCAGGCAGGAGCUGUCUCAGUCCGAGGAGGAGGAGCUGUUAUCGUGGGAGUCUUUUAUGAAGGACAAUUAUCUGGCAUCUCUGAAACAGGACAAGAGCCAGAGUGUGGAACAUCGCAUUCAGGAUACAGCAGAAAAAGUUGGGACCAUGUCUGAACUGCUGGAACGAGAGCAUGAAAUGGGUUCAGCUGGUAUGGUGAAAAGACUUACCCGCUUGGAAGAACAGGUCUGUCAGACAGCUAGAGCUCUGCAGUGGAUUAUGGACGCCCUUAAAUCUCAGAACUUCAAAUCCAAAGAGGAGGCGCCUUUAAUGGCCUGUGCAUUUAAGAGUAUAGUGAGUGAACCUGCAGAAUCUGGUGGGGAGGACCAAGAAAAGGAGAAGACUCAUCACUUCUACGCCCGUCAGCAUCGCUACACUGGCAGCACUCUUAAGCGCUUCCCUGUGCCUGAGGAGAAAGUGCCCUGGGAGGUGGAGUUCACUCUUUACCAACCUCCAGUUUACAAUCAUCAAGAAGCCAAAGAUUCAGACACCUCUGCCUUAGACAGCCACAGGAACCCUGCAGGGCGAACAGGCAUAAAGGGAAGAGGAGCCUUAAAAAGCCUCGGUCCUAAUCACAUCGUAGAUCCAGUCAUCACAAGAACGGAAGGUGGUGUGUUGGAGUUUCUGGCACUUUGGGACCAGGCAGAAGGAUGCUGGAAGUUUCCCGGAGGUCCUGCUAAAUCUGGGGAGAAUUUACCCGACAGGCUGAAAACAACACUUGGGGUGAAGCUUUACCAGCAAAUCAAAGGCAAAAUGGAAUCUGGAGCUAAAGAGGUCUUCAAGGGUUAUGUAGACGACAGCCGCAACACUGAUAAUGCCUGGGUGGAAACCACUGUAGUAACAGUUCACGUUGACUGGCGGAGCAUACUGGCUGGUAAUGGCAGUAAGAUGGGGAGCAUGUCCGAGCAGCUCCAGUGGCAUGAAGUGAGCAGCAAAAUAGCCAUGUGUCCGUACCAGAAAGAAGCUCUUCGCCUUGUCGCCCAGUUACACCACAUCAACUUCUGAGUCUCAGGAAAACACACAUAGAAAUAUAUCACACGCCAAACUUUAUACCUCAGCCUUUCACAUACUGUUAACAUAACUGCAGCAGAUUCAGAGCACUUAGGAAACUGAUUACAAUCAUGUAUAUAAUAAAGUAGAUACAUUAUUUUAAGAUAAGUUGUUUUUUUUCCUGAUUUAGUACACAAACCAAGAACUGUGUCUGUUUUCAUAGUGCAGAAUUACCAAAGGUUUUGUUAUUUGAACUGAAUGCAAGAAGAAUGUACAAGCCAUACAGCAGCUAUAGUAAUUUUAGAGUGAUACACAUAUAUAUUGUAUAUUUGCAGGCUCACUGUGAACAUGUGGAAAGUUUUUAGCAUGUGUGAAGCAAAUACAAUGUUUUUAAGAAAUGAAUUCCUUAUUGCUUGUUUGGGUUUUAAUUUAAAAGUUAAAAUGUUUUAAUAUAAUGUUAACAUUAAUUUUUUUUUGAAGUUGUGAGAAGUUUUACCUCUUACAUUAGCCUAAAGCAAAAUGUCCUAUACUUUUACAGACAAUCUGUCAAUCCUUUUACCACUUUUCUGCAAGCUGGCUUCAUGGAAAAAUACAUCUAUUUAAUUUAAUUUGGUUUACUAAUAGGUAUUAGUAAGAAACAGUGCUGAUUAUUGUACAUAAAACCCAAAUACAAUAUUGCACUCAAAACAGAAAUAUGAUUGAUUGUUAUCUUCCCAAGCCAUUUUCCAUGGUGUUGGGUUACGAUGGGUUGGGUUGGAUGCGUAAUAGCAGGAGAGUAUAAUUACUCAGCCCAUAAUAAAGCCACUUUACUGGCACUGCUGACUCUGUGCUAAAGGUUUGACUACUCUGAACCCUAUGCAGGAAAAAUCUGCGGAUUCAGUCUUGCAUCAGUUGUGCAUGAUAUUUUAGUAUAUAUACAGCCAGCAUAUCUUUACUGCUUACUUAAUAGGAUUCUGUCACACUCUGCUAUACUUGUAUACCCCAUACAGUUUUUUUUUAUUAUACAGUACCAGUCAAAAGUUUGGACUCACCUUAAAGUCUGUGUUUUUUCUGCAUUGUAGAGUAAUACCAAAGUCAUCUAAACUAUAAAGAAAAACAUGGAAAUAUUUAGUAAACAAAAAAAUGUUUUUUAACUUUUUUUUGUUUACUAAAUAAUUCCACGUUCUUGCCAUUUUCUCAGUCAGCUUUAUGAGAAUUUUAUGAUGAAACUGCCUCUCAUUAGGACCACUCCAAGAAAGAAAGAGCAAGAGUACCCUCUGCUGCACAGGAUAAGUUCAUCAGAGUUACCAGCCUCAGAAACCACAAGUUAACCGCAUCCCAGAUAUGAGCGUUCUAAAUGCUUCACAGCAAGUAUUUUUUUGGUUUGUUUGACACUUUUAAGUUAAUACAUGAUUCAUUACGUGUUCCUUCAUAAUCGGGAUGAGUUCAGUGCUAAUUUACAAUGUCAAAAAAUACACAAAUAAAAUCAUUUGGUUGAGA